AUGGAGACAGAGUUCAGGCAGGGACGGUUCGCUAAUCUGAUAGGCAAUAUGUCUAGUAACACUACGAAUGACACAGUGACAGCGGACGACCCAUAUUCGAAUCUUUGGGGUAAACGAUCUGAGCAUGUUCUGGCUGUUAUAGGGUUUCUCUUAAUCGUUAUUAUUAUAGGAACUAUAUUCGGAAAUGCACUUGUGAUUCUCUCGCCACUGAAGAAUCGUCGACUCCAAACGGUCAGUAACUAUUAUAUAAUAUCGCUAGCGGUGGCGGACCUUCUAGUGGGAAUCGCAGUGUUGCCGUUCAGCGCCAUUUAUGAACUGCGCCGCGUCUGGGAUUUUGGUCCAUUUUUUUGCAACAUAUACGUAUCGUGUGAUGUUAUGUUCUGCACUGCGUCCAUGCUGAGUUUGUUCGCUAUCAGUAUUGAUAGAUACAUGGCAAUUACAGACCCAAUGACAUAUCAUGUCAAGAUGACAUCCGGAAGAGCUUUAACUUUUAUUGGAGUAGUGUGGUUGGUUUCCUUUCUCAUCUCGUUCGUACCUUUACAUCUGGGAUGGAACACGGAAGACGGCAACGUUCAGAACUACGCAACGCCGACUCAGUGUGCUUUCGAACACAAUCCUACAUACAGCUUGGUCGACGGGAUAGUCUUAUUUUUUAUUCCACUUAUUGUCAUGUGUGUGACUUACCUAAGGGUACUGAUGAUCGCCAGGCAACAAGCACGCAAGAUAAAUGCGGGAGCUAUUACCCAAAGACGAGAGUCGGUUAUCCUGAAGAGCAAAUCAGCUGUGGAUGAGCACAAAGCUACGAAAAUAUUAGCAGUUGUUAUGGGCUGUUUUGUGAUAUGUUGGGUACCUUACUUUCUCGCUUUCACCUUCUGUCCCUUGGGUAAAUGUAACGUCUCUUACGACGCCUUUGCACUAUUAUUGUGGUUGGGUUAUGUAAACAGUACAAUCAACCCAAUCCUAUACGCACUUCUUAACCGGGAAUUCCGUAAAGCUUUCCGCCGUCUAACGUGCUGUUGUCGGAAAGAACAGAGGGAACGCCCGUCGUGGGCAUCGGCCUCCGACUCUAGCGAGAACACGAGAAAGCGAAAUCCGACAAGCACCGGCCCAAGCGUUAUUGAUGGUACCAUUUCUAUGACCGACCGCGCAUAA